AGUUAACAAAAUGCGACCAGUCCAUGGAUAAAACAACUGAGAAAAGCCUCCACAUUGUCUAGUGUUCUGGUGUCCUUCACAUGCACAGGUAACAAUGUGGAUCACUGUGGGCUUGGUCUGCUGCUUAGCCUUUGGAGGGCUGCCUUUGGCUCACUGCUCUUGCCCUUCCCAAUGUAGCUGCACCUUUCAUAGUCUCAAUGAAGGAACAAAGGAAAGAACUGUGCUGUGCAAUGACCCAGAAAUGACAAUCACACCCGUGAACAUCCCAGGAGAUACAAUCAAACUUCGAAUAGAGAAGACUGCCCUCAGGAGAGUGCCAGGGGAGGCUUUCCAUUCUCUCCAUAAUCUGGAAUUCCUCUGGAUGCCCUAUAAUUCUUUGACCAGCCUCAGUGUGAUUACUUUUAAGGGUCUUCGUCAGUUACAAGAGCUAAGACUGGAUGGGAAUGAUUUAAGUUCUUUCCCAUGGGACUCUCUUGCAGACAUGCCCCAGCUAAGGCUUCUGGAUUUACAUAAUAAUGAACUCACCUCAGUAUCAGCAGAAGCAACUCUUUACAUAAAGAAUAUUACCUAUCUGGAUCUGUCUAGCAAUAAACUGAUGACUCUUCCUCAAGCUCUCAUUUCAGCCUGGGCAAACCUCCAAGCAGUUCCUUACUUCCCCAAUGACAACUCCAAGAUCAUUAUAGGCUUGCAAGACAAUCCUUGGGUGUGUGAUUGCAGUUUGUAUGAAAUGGUCCAUUUCAUAAAUUUCCAGUCUCCUAACAUAGCAUUUAUAGAACCAAAACUGAAGUGCUUCACCCCCCGGAGUCUUGCUGGAAUUUUCUUCAGUCAAGUUGAACUAAGAAAAUGUCAAAGUCCUGUUGUACAUACAUCUGUUGCCAAAGUAAAGACCAUAUUGGGCAGCACUGUGCUUCUGCGAUGUGGUACUACUGGAGUACCCAUCCCUGAACUCAGCUGGAGAAGAGCUGAUGGUAAUCGGCUUAAUGGCACAGUGCAUCAGGAAAUUUCUAGCGAUGGAAUGAGUUGGUCUAUCCUGGGCUUACCUGUAGUCUCUUAUCUUGAUUCUGGAGAGUACAUUUGUAAAGCGAAGAACUUCCUAGGGGCAACAGAGGCCUUUAUCUCCCUCAUUAUCACUGAUUCUGAAAACACAGAUGAUCCUAAUGCUAACUCUAAAGGAGUCUGGAAUGGAAAGGUAAGCAGUAUGGAAGCAGCUGCUUACAAUGAUAAACUGAUGGCUAGGUAUGUUAUCACAACCUCAACUUCACCUACACAGAGUGCCAGAUCAGGUACAGAAGAGAAUAUUGGGCUCCAGAAUAUAGUUAGUGAGCAGAAUAACAACCGAAGAAACCUUUUAUCAAGUCCACCCACUGGUCAACAGGAGCCAGAACGUAUAGUAAGGUCUGUUAGAGUGAUAGGGGACACAGAUCAAAGUAUCUCAUUGGCUUGGAAAGCCCCUCUGGCCAAGAACACAACUGAAUUCAGUGUUCUUUAUGCCAUUUUUGGAGAAAGAGACAUGCGUAGAAUCAAUGUGGAGCCAGGUAAGAUGAAGAUCACUAUUAAUGGGCUGUUGCCAAAGACCAAAUACAUAGUGUGUGUCUGCAUGAAAGGACUGAUCCCCAGGAAAGAGCAAUGCACCAUAUUUUCCACAGAUGAAGUUGCCAGCGCUGGUGGAACCCAAAAACUCAUUAAUGUGGUUGUUAUUAGUGUGGCCUGCGUCAUAGCUGUUCCUCUGACUUUAGUGGUUUGCUGUGGGGCACUGAAAAGGCGCUGCAAAAAAUGCUUAUUGCAGAAACCCAAGGAAAUCCAGGACUCCUAUGUCACAUUUGAAAGCCUCUCUUCAGGAGCAAAAACAAAAGGAACAGAAGGAGAAUACUUGACUAGACAUACCCCGGAUGAAUCUAACAGGCUGCUAUCUGCACGAUCCAGCGUGGACUCAGAGGCAAUACCAAAGAUGGAGGGGCAACCCAAUGAGUACUUUUGUUAAUAUUAGCUAGGUUAGUCAUUGCCACAUUAGAGAGACAGAAACACAUACAAGGAUAUAUAUGAUUUAACUCUGCAGAUCACACCAGUACAUAAUGUUGGCAGGUAUUGUGUUAAUUCUAAUGUUACCCAACAUGUUCAGAAAAAUAAAAUGUGAAAAGACUGACUAUAUAUCCAGGUUUGCUGAGACAUUUUGUUAGAACUUUUUGGUUUUGAUCACAUUGAAUCUGAUAAGAAAAGCCCCAAAGAUGUCUGUGAUAAGUCCUAAAUUUUUUGCUGUUCCUUGUACAAAACGAACUCUACUCAUUGAAUAUGAAACCAUCCCAAUAUGUUGCUGUUUAACACUUGGCUUGUCAUAUGCUACACAUUUUAAUAUGAGAUAUUUUGAAUUCCUUUAGGAUGACAAGUGAUGAAGUUUUUUCUAAUAAUACUAGAAAUGUAACUGCAAAGGUUGGGGAGAUUCCUGGACUCGUGUUAUUCCCAACAUGAUUAAAGGCUUAUGUGAAAAUAUGCAACUUGUUGCUCA